CUCCCUCUAUCAGUCAGUCAGUGCGCCCGUUGGCACAGGGAAGAUUGAAAGUGACACAGUCUGAUUGGAACCUGGUCCUCUGCACCGACAAAAGCCCGCUAUCUCUGUAACUCACACACCGCCGCGCGCCUUUCGGUCAGCUUUAUGUCCUUUUCUUCCGGGUUGUCUCACGUCUGAGCGUUUCCCCCGCGGCGUCGCGUUAUUUUUGUGCUUUUCCCCCCUCUCUCUCUCUUCUUUCGAGGAUGAAGCCACGAGUUAAGAGGACAGAUUUGUGCCACUGAGCCGCGUUUCCAGCUGAGAGGCGGACAGACGCGGAAAGAAAAGGAGGACGGGAAAAAGUGCAUCUGAAAUAUCAAUAUUGUGCGCGCUCAGGUCCGACAGAAGGGUCCACGACUCCAGGACAACUGUCUCCCUCCCCCCUCUCUCUCUCUCUCUCUCUCUCUCUCUCUCUCUCUCUCUCUCCCUCCCUCCCACAACUCCCCCACACACAGACGAGCAUCCUCCGUCCACCUCCUGCGUCCCGCGUCCACCUCUCCACUCCACUCCGCCGCCUUGCGCACUAUCGUCGCCGUUCCACCCGCCGCCCCACACCGCCACCACCUCCUCUAACUAAACUUUCCCUCCUUUGCGUCUCUCCGGUCCGGCUCUCCGACGAGUCCAGAUUCAGCCCAGGACCAGCGGUGGUGAUCCGCCCGUGUACCCAGGACAGCCGAACCACAGCCCAGCCCUGGAUUCAAUACUCCUGAUCAAUGGACAGAGCCUCCUCAGCGGCCAGCAGCGAUUCAGACACGCCGUAAACAACUCGUUCUCUCUGGCUGGAGCUCCUCUGGGGGUGUGGAGGAGGAUGGAGAGAGGAGGGGAGAGUCCCAUCACCCAGGACAGUCCUGAGCGGAGGGGAGGCAGCCCGGACCUCAGUGGCCUCCCACCACCAGGGAAAAAGGGCCGGUUGGAGCUCAAUGGUAGCCCCACUGGGCCACGCAUACGCCACAACGGAGCCCCACCAAGGCCCUUAGGAGGUCUGAUGAUUCCAGUCUUCUGUGUGGUGGAGCAGUCGGAUGGAGGGAUUCAGACAGAUGGAUGUGAGGGAAGAGAAGAGCACGCAGAGUUUGUCCUGGUCAGGAAAGAUAUCCUGUUCUCUCAGCUGGUGGAGACGGCUCUGCUGGCCCUCGGCUACUCCCACAGCUCAGCUGCACAGGCCCACGGCAUCAUCAAGGUGGGAAGGUGGAACCCCAUGCCCAUCCACUUCCUGACUGAUGCACCAGAGGCCACAGUUGCUGACAUGCUGUUGGAGGUCUACCACAUGGUCACACUACGCAUCCAACUACAAAGUUUUUCAAAGCUGGAGGACCUGCCCUGUGAACAGUGGAACCACGCGACUGUCAGAAACGCUCUCAAAGAACUUCUGAAGGAAAUGAACCAAAGCACUCUGGCCAAAGAGUGUCCCCUCUCACAGAGUAUGAUUUCCUCCAUAGUGAAUAGUUCCUACUAUGCCAAUGUCUCCACUGCCAAAUGCCAGGAGUUUGGUCGUUGGUACAAGAAAUAUAAGAAAAUCAAAGUGGAUUACCUGGAGAAGAUGUGGUCAGGACGAGAUGCUACUGACAUCAAAAUAGAGAGAGACAACAUGGCAGACUUCUGUGUGCUGGGUCAGAGACCUCCUCCUCACUUGGCCGGCCUGGCCCAGCUCAGUCACCUGGGAGCCGGCAGUCCCCUCCUCAAGGCGGGAUCUGGAGAUCCGCAGGCACCCUCUCAACCACCUCAGCAGCCUCCUCCUCCCCAACAACAGCCCUCGCCCCAUGGCCCCCUCCACCACAGUCCUCCUCUCCGUACAGGCCAGGUGCCUCCUCCACCCCCACCCCCGCCUGGCGCCCUGCAGCCCCUGCUGGGGCCAGGUGGGCUGCUCUCCCCCCAACUCUCCCCACAGCUGGUACGUCAACAGCUCGCCAUGGCCCACCUCAUCAACCAGCAACUAGCCGUUAGCCGCCUGCUGGCCCAUCAGCAUCCCCAGUCCCUCAACCAGCAGUUCCUCAACCACCCGCCCAUCCCUCGGGGCUCAUCCAAAGCCGGCGACCACCCUGGGAGCAACCCCUCGGCCGCUGAGGUCUCCUCUGAAAUCUACCAGCAGGUCAGAGACGAGCUGAAGAGAGCUAGUGUCUCCCAGGCCGUGUUCGCCCGUGUGGCUUUCAACCGCACACAGGGCUUGCUCUCAGAGAUCCUGCGGAAGGAGGAGGACCCUCGCACAGCCUCGCAGUCUCUGCUGGUGAAUCUGAAAGCAAUGCAGAACUUCCUCAACCUGCCUGAGAGUGAGAGAGACCGGAUCUACCAGGAGGAGAGAGAGCGCACCAUGAACCCUUCAGUUGGCCUUCCUGCCUCCAACUCCUCCAACCCCAGUACUCCACGCCUCUCGCAGAAAGUGUGGGAGAGGAGUUUGGAUGACCAGAUAACCCCUGAUACCUGGGCCUCCAUCUGGAAGAACAAGACUAAGAUCUCCAACUCGCCGAAGCCGCCGGGCCCAGCCCCUGACCUCCCGCUGAAGCUGGAGUCGCUGGUUAACAUUACAUCGGGAAUCUACGACGAAAUUCAGCAGGAGAUGAAGAGAGCCAAGGUGUCCCAAGCCCUGUUCGCGAAGGUGGCCGCCAACAAGAGCCAGGGUUGGCUGUGUGAGCUGCUUCGGUGGAAGGAGAACCCCAGCCCAGAGAACCGCACUCUGUGGGAGAACCUGUGCACCAUUCGGAGGUUUCUGACCCUGCCGCAAGCCGACAGAGACAUGGCGUACGAGGAGGAGUCCAGGCACCAUCACACCGAGAGGCUGCACACUGUCCUCCACCUGCCACAGGACACACAGCUCUUUUGUCUUUCUCGUCAGGCACUUCACAGGCCACCCCAGGCCCCGAUGAAGGAGCACCGUCUGUCUCCAAUGCGCGAAGAACCAUUACCUCCCCCGGUGAACGAGGAGGGGUCGCAGAAUGUGGGAGCAGGAAGUGCAGGCGGAGGUCCACCUGGCACUGUUGGCAGUGCUGGGAACAACAAGAAGCCACGAUCACGCACUAAGAUUUCCCUGGAAGCCUUGGGUAUCCUACAGAGCUUCAUUCAGGAUGUUGGACUAUACCCAGACCAGGAGGCCAUCCACACCUUGUCAGCACAGCUUGACCUGCCCAAACACACCAUCAUCAAAUUCUUCCAGAACCAACGCUACCACGUCAAGCACCAUGGCCGCCUCAAGGAUCUGGGUGAGGGGGCCGCCGCCAGUGGAGGUGUGGAUGUCAGCGAGUACAGAGAAGAGGAGUUGCUUUCCGGCUCAGAGGACCCAGAGUCCAGCGAGGAUGGGGCUGAGGAGAUGUUCCAGUCCACAGAGGGGAGCGGUGUGAGCGCAGGGGGGCUGAACCAGCUUCCGGCCUCCUCCAACUCCAGCCAGUCGUCUUCAGGGUCCAAUGUUGCUCAGGAGGACGGCAAGGACAAGGGGCAUGGUCGGCCCUGUGGCCCACUGGGACCCGGGAGCUCUUCAUCCAGUCCUAGAGAGCAGGCUGAGUACCAGAGGUAGAGACUGACACACAAAGAGAAGACAGAGAAAGAGGGAGAGGGAGAGAAAAAAAGACAAAGAAAAGGUCUAUGAUGAUGAAGUGAGGAACUGGUCAUGAAUUCAUGGAGGAUGGCUUCAUAGAAACUGCGUGAGAGGUGAAAGAAACCAUUAGGCCGAGAUACAUCCCUGAAACGACCAGACACACUUUCUGUGAAAACCUGAUUUGUGGUGUGAAAUUACGACUAGGUACGACUAUUGCUGCUCAUGCCUCCAACCUCCAAACAGACACAAACACAAAACAAGAACAGAACCGUCUCUUAAUCAGCCAAUCGCCAGAAAAGGAGCACCGAGGAGGCGGGAUUUUAGUGGCUUUGGCCGGAAAUUGUUCUUGCUCAUCCUUCUCUAAAGUCUGAGCACAGUCACAUACGACAUACUCCUUAUACGCUGGGUUGAUUUUGCCCCGCUGAGUGACAUUGAUAGACUGGAUCAGGGGGGCCUUCCGAGACCUCUGCAAUCCUAUAAAUCCUCAGGACACACACUGAUGUUGCUAAUGCUGUUGCCUGCCUGAGAUCGUGGAUCAUCUACGAGCUUCAUUUCAUUGUGGGAAAAAAAGGAAAUUACCACUCCAUGUCCUGCCCCCGCCUCAACGUUGCACUCCCAGAAUCACCACCGGCCCUACCUAGCACUUACUGUUCACAAAGACACUGAUAUUUUGUGGAUGUGAUGCACUCCCCCCCCCCCCCCGGCUCCUCUCAAGGCUCACAAAAAAGAAUGACUCAAAAGAAGAGCAGUGGACAGUCUGGCAGGAGGACAUCAAGAGGAUGUGGCGUGGAGGGACACUCGGGGCCUGUGCGCCCACGGCUCUGAACCCUUCCUGGCACCACCCGGGUACGUGUGGCGAGAAAAAAAAGUGAAGAAAGGAAGGACAGAGCGGAGAUUCAGCAACCAAACAAUCAGUCACUUUAUGUGCGGUAGUCCACCCUCUUCCUCUCCUCUCUCCAUCUCACUCUCUCCCCCCUUUUCCUCUCUCUAAUUGGUGCCCACAGUCUUGUGUUUCACCACACCUACCCGCACUUAAACUUCACCAACCCUAUUUAUUGCUAUCUUUAUCCAUGAUUAUUAUUAUCAUUAUUGUUAUUAUUGUUGUUAUUAUGGUUAGAAUUGCUGUCAUCACGUGCUAUUUUUAGUUUUUAUUUCCAUGGUUUUAAAUAUUGGUUUUCAGAACUGGGCGGUUGUUUGGGUAACAAGAGGCAUUAAGAGUGCUCUGCCCUGAAAAAAAAAGAGGAAGAAAAGGAGCGGGGAGUGAAGGAAAAUAAAAACGAAGCAGUUACUGAGUGUUAUUGGGUAAAAAAAAGUCCUGUCAUGUUGUAUUAUGCCAUUUUUUUAUAGUUGUGUUUCCCAAAAAUAGUAGAUAGGACUUGUUGAGAGGAGAAAUAGCUAAAUACGAAAGCGAAACUGUGCUGUUUUAAUGCAGUUGAUGACAAUCUACUCUUUUGAGCCAUUAAAGAAAUGUGGCAGGUUUGACUCUUCACUUUUGAUGUCUGUAAAUACCCAACACGGGAUAAAUUGUUAUUGAUAUACUUUUAUUUCUUAUUUUGCUGAGUGACUUUAAAUGUUUGAGCCAGUUUGGGGUACCAGAAGAGUGCUGUUUUUUUUUCCCUCCGGACAACUCAGUGAAAUCAGUUAAUUUCAUGGUGCCAGGCAAAUUCAAUCACAAGAGUAUUUAAAGAUAAUGUUUUUUUGUUUGAUGUCUGGUGCAGUUGUGUACAAGUAUACAGUAUGUUCAAAAGAAUAUCUGAGAAUGGAUACCAUCUCUAUCCUGAUUGGCUGCUACACUCCAACAGAUGACCUGCCUUCUAAUUAUUACGCCAAUCAUGCCACAUGAUAAUAUUGUGCUUUUCUGUAUGACAGGAAUCAGGGUUAGACUCAAAUGCAGUUCCAAUGAAAUCUUAGUUCAUCCAGCGUUGAAGUGAAUUAAAAUUUGUGAAUUCAAACAA